AUGAUGCUAGUGCACAAGGCUCGAAACAUUGACCCUGAUUUUCAUGGCGGCAAAAUCAAGGCACUCAUAUCUUGGGUGUACCAGUUCCUGCGCCGAAACAAGCUGAGCAUCCGUCGUCCGACGCGCGAAGGGCAAAAGCUGUCUUCCACCUUGGACACGACGCGAAACUACUUUGUGGCCUCGGUGUGCGAACGUAUUUUACCAUUUGGUACAUUGGAAGGCCUCGAUUGGGACCAUUUCGUCAACAUGGACGAGACGCCGGUUUUCUUUGAGCCAAAGAUUCACACCACUGUCGCCCGCAGAGGCUCCAAGACAGUGUCCGUG